UUAUCCCCCUCUUAGCAGAGCAGUCUAUCGAGUGUGGACGUCGAACUUGGGGCCGGUAAGUUACAGUCGUACUGCAUGUGUCUUUGGAGAAUGUCGAGGAGGAAGAUGGGAUCCUCAUGUUUAGCUCUGACGUCGUUGACUCGUAUUCCAGGCAUCAACGAGGCAUUAAGGCACCAAUAUCAAUCUCCACAACCAAAUUGCGGAAGAGCAGAGCAGAGCAGAACAUCCUCAGCAAGUCACAAGGUCGCGCUGCAGCAUGUAAAGGCAUCCAAAACUGGAAGUACAGGUGUCUUUGUCGAUGGGAAAGCAACACGCAAGAAAACCCAACUUUCAACGCAGUGUAUGGCAGAUGUUCACGCUGCAAAGUACGUACUUCAAGCAUAUUCGAUCCGCCUCUUGACCCUCCCAUGUCCGUAAUCCCUCGAAAUUCGAUCCUCGUCCUUCUCCCAGGGAUCCGGGAGGCUCUGUUUUUCUCCCUGCCAAGUGCUGAUAUAAUUCUGUUCGGCGCUAAAAAUAUCUCGAUGGCUGAGCCGAGCGGUCGGACAGUCCAACGUGGGGUGGGGAAGAGUCCGGGAUAUCAACCUUUUCCGCGUCGUUCCAGGACCCGGAUCGGAAGAGUUUACGAUGCAAACUGUGUCGUCGUCGCUCGCAACGAUCCUGCAAUUCGAAAGGACGCGGUUUUCUUCCUCGAUCUAAAGCGACGCAACGCGAUCUUGCUGACGAGGGAUGAUCCGCGGGCUGACGACACUCGCGACAAGGUAGGAACUGCUCCGGAGAGGUCUCGGCGUCCGCAAAAGGCCUCGUAUGUUCGGAAUUCAAAGCGUAAAUACAGUUAUGUACAGGUGAGGGGUGCAAUUAGAACUUAGAAAGAGAUCUUCCAAGUCGAAGAUCCGAACCUUCAGCCUCCAGCCGGCGAUCAGGCUAAGUCAGCAUCGUCAACGGAACCGUCGGGCCCGCAAAUGAUGACGAUGCCGCAACAUCAGGGUGUGCCCGGUGCCGUGGCUCAGCU